UCUUUCCCCUCCACGCGUCAGCUCAUGACAUGCCAAGGAGCUCCUGUCUGCUGGCGUGGCGCUCUCCCAUUGGCCAGAAAUUAAAGCGCCACCUCGACAGAGUCCGAGGUGCGGCGGCAGCUCCAUGAAUCGAAUGUGGUUAAAUCCGUCUUCGUCUUCACCCCUCAGAUCUGACCCCUACCUCACUGAAAUCUCCAUUAACGGUCUGACCGAGGUUAGCCCAUCUAGGCUUUCCCCGCAUUCCGAGCUCGCACGCUCUCUCCCGUCGAAGUAGCUUCCCAGUUCAUUUCCAGUCGAAGUAGCUUCCCGUCGAAGUAGCAGAUCUCGGAUCGCUCGAUUUCGGGGGUAAAGAUGAACGCGUUUAGGUUAGCGGGGGACAUGACCCACCUCCUCAGCGUCCUCGUCCUGCUCCUUAAGAUCCACACCAUCAAGAACUGCGCUGGUGUUUCUUUAAAGACACAGGAGCUCUAUGCUAUUGUUUUUGCUACCCGCUACCUGGACAUUUUCACGACUUAUAUUUCUCUGUACAACACUGUCAUGAAGUUAAUAUUCUUGGGGAGCUCGUUUUCCAUUGUUUGGUACAUGAGGCAGCACAAGAUUGUUAGGAGGACUUACGAUAAAGACCAGGAUACCUUUCGUCAUAUUUUCCUCAUCUUACCCUGCCUUCUCUUGGCCCUACUUAUCAAUGAGAAAUUUACAUUUAAGGAGGUCAUGUGGUCAUUUUCCUUGUACUUGGAAGCUGUGGCGAUAAUUCCUCAGCUUGUACUGCUGCAGAGAACUCGAAAUAUUGACAACUUGACUGGACAAUAUGUUUUUCUUCUCGGUGCCUACCGAGCUCUGUACAUCCUGAACUGGAUUUAUCGCUACUUUACCCAGCCUCACUAUGUUCACUGGAUCCCUUGGAUUGCUGGGCUAGUUCAAACACUGCUCUAUGCCGACUUCUUCUACUAUUAUUUCCAAAGCUGGAAGAACAACAAGAAGCUCGAACUGCCUGCUUGAGCUCAUAAGAAUGGUCCGUAACUCUACUCUCUGUGGAAGGGCUAUGCAACUUGCUCGAGUCUGUGACCAGAGAUUUUUUCUCUUUUUCCCUCUACAAAGAUGAGAGAUUGCUUACUGCAACGGUAGCUGUAGUAGGUCCGCUGUUUUAUUAGUUUAUACCGAGAUAGCAUGAAACACGCAACUAUGUAACAUGCAAUACUAAGGGGGAGGAUGGUGGGACACGCAUAUUUUUUGUGUCCUUCACUUUUAGGCUAUAAUGUGGUGAGAUUUUAAGUAAAAACGUAUACAACGCUAGCCUUCUGACCUGUCGCAUGGUGCAGUGUAUGGGUUUAUCUUACAGUUCGCAAUGGUUUUCAAUCAGUGUUAGAUAGUA